AAAUUACAGCACAGAAAUCAUUCAAAAUUUUAGCCUGGAACUGGCAGCCACAAAAUUUUUACUUUCGGAACGCCAAGACGGUCAGGCCAAAAUGAAUUCCUGCUGCUGUAGAUCGCAUAGCGAUCGCACGAACCCCAUGGCCUGUCUUCCUCAGUUUCCACGUCUGCAGCGGGUCCAAAGUUGUCGGCCAUUUUUGGAGGGACGAAAGGCAGCCAGCUGUUGUGUUUCGGGCGAGAGGCGAUGGGGUCAGAGAAACGGAUGUAUGAUCCAAGUGCUGGCGAAGAUGGUCAAUAAGUCGUCCAGUACGGUCUGCCAAUUUCUCCACCAAUUGACACUGCAGGUCUUUGCGAGAAUUCUAUAUCCUUUGAUGUUGGGCUGGAAUACGCUGAAGGUACCGUUUGUUAUACCCGACAUCUGUGAGCUCUACUACGGGAUAUUCGACGAAUGCGGUAACUUGAGGGGUUCCAUACCCACGAGGACGUUGCUCAUUCUGAUAUCCAUGAUCCAGUACUUUCUCAAUCUACCGAAGAGAUGUGGACAAAGUAACACGUGUCAGGGUUGCAGAAGUCAGGCAGAUGACUUGAGGAACAAUCACAGUCCCGGUUAUUGUGGCAAAAAUGCCAUGACGCCAUUCUCGGGACGGGAGAUUACGGAAAAAGGACCAUCGAAGGGAAGUGAUGUGUGGGCGGGACUUAAGCGAUUGGGAUACGAAAGACGUGGCGGUCUAGAUAGUUAUCCCUCGGAUGAGUCUAUACCAUAUGGCUAUGCACCCCAUCGAUGUCCUUGCCAGGGCGGGAAUCCCAGAACUCAGAGAUCCGGAAUUAUGAACCCGUAUGCAAAGAGAACUGGGGCCAUGAGAUCGUUGGUCUGCGCGGAGGAACUGGAAAGUCCCUUGUUAGCUUCCGACUAUAAUCAGCAAAUUCCAAUGGCACCCAUUUCACCAAAAGCAGCUCAAAUUAUUCACAUUAAUCACAUCUCGAAUCUAUAUGCUGCAGUCGUACAAAACCAACAUACAAGAAAAUUAUUUGCUGAUGGAAGGCCACCAAGACCGCGGGUAAGACCCUGCACUGAGAACCAAAACCGAUUCUCCGGAGGUUUCAUGAUGCCCGAACCCUAUUUCAAUGGCAUGCCAUGGAGUUGGCUGCACAGAGAUCCUCAGAGAACGAUACGCCUACCAAGUGGCGGUCUUCCUUUGGAAAUCCCACGAUACAGACGACAACCCUUGGACGAAGAGUACCACAGUUUCAAAAGUAAAUAUGAACACUUGAGCAGACAGGAUAAUCCCUUCAGAGAAAACAGUCUACUGCCUUACCCAUCUGAAAAUAGAUUCAACCCGGAAAAUAGGUUGCAAUCUUUAAGUUGGGACAAACAAAUACUGAAUUUUCAAAAUCAUCCUACAAAAAAUAUUUCCAAUAAUCUAAUAAUCCCAAUUAAACAACAAAGAAAAAUUGAGUGGGAGCAGCUCCUUAUAAAAAGAAUUGAUUAUGCAAAGAGAACUAAGGGAACUUUUGAUUUCUGGAAUGAGAUGAUGGAGAGAAAUAAGUUCAGAACAUUUCAGCAAGCAAUACAGGACAUACCAAAAUUCCCUUCAAAAGAGAUUGGGUAUUCUCAAUCAAGAAAAGACAGUGCCCACGUUAUAACGAAUAGAAGCAAUAACUCCCUGAGAUCGGCGAGGCAAACCCCAAAGAAAUUAGAAUUCGAAAAACCUUUGAUUUCAAAAAGGGCAAAUAAUAAUCGAACUCAUGUUUCACCACAACAUCGAGUAAAACCACUUUCCAGUAGCCAGGAAAAACAGAUUUUAAAAAAUCACAUUGAACAACACACCUAUAAAAGUAAGUCUGUAAAUAACACUCCGCAUCUGGCAAAGAAUGAAAUAAGUCGUGAACCAAAAUAUCCUGAUCCCGAGGAUUAUAGAAAAGAACGGGCUAGAAAUCAAAAAUUUAUUAGAAAAACUGCGGGAGAAUCUGUCAUGCUAAUAAAGCCUGCAAAAAGUAUCAUAAAGAAACCUAAAGAGACUCAGUUAAAGGGCGUAAGCCAGGUGUACCCACACCUUACAGCAAUGAAAGAGUGAUGUCAGCAGAAAGGUGUGUUCUUCUUGAAGGUGGAGAUCAGAUACCCAAGCAGUUAAGUAAGCUCCAUAGUCAAGAUAAAAGUGCU